UAAUUGAAUGAUUGAAUAUAAAAGGGGUGUUCUCCUUCACUCACUUUCACAGUUCACUAUGUAUUUCUUUAUUUCCAUUAAUGCUGCCAAGAAAACCUCUGGCACUAUCUGUGACUUCAUACAAUACAUCCUGUAACCAUUCUGCUCUAUACUAGGCUAAACUACCAAGUAUUUCCAUUGAAUUAAUAGAGCAAAUCUUGAAGUUAAGUACAAUGCUAGACCAUCCAAUUGGGAUCCCUGCUUGCUUUACAUCCAGUGACAAGGUAACUGAUGAUCCUGCCACAGUAACCAGGUCAGGGCAGAGUGUUUUCGUGUCUGUUUAUCGUACAAAGAUUGCUGAUCAGUGUCGUUUGAUUACAAUAAGAUGGUGCAAGAAUCUGUUGCUCCAUGGUCUAUCAGUAUCGGUUGAAGGUCCUGAGGGAGAGAGCCACUACACCUGCAAAGUGGAGCUGAAGCCUUGGUAUAUUUGGAGGAAACAAGGCUCCAAACGGUUUGUAGUGGAGGGUAAAGCUGUGGAUAUCUUCUGGGACCUCAAGACUGCAAGAUUCAAUGGUGAAACUGAGCCUAAUUCUGAGUACUAUGUUGCUGUUGUUUGCGAUGAAGAGGUUGUGCUUCUUCUUGGUGAUCUAAAGAAAGAUGCUUAUAGGAAAACUGGGUGCAGGCCUGGUCUUAUUGAUCCCAUUUUGGUUUCAAGAAAGGAGCACAUAUUUGGCAAGAAGAAGUUCGCUACAAGAAUCAAGUUCCAUGAGAAAGGUAUGUUUCAUGAGAUCUCAAUCGAGUGCAGGAAUAUAUGUAAUUACAGUGGCAAUGCUAGUAAUGGGAAUUCUAUUAACCGGGAUGAACCAGAAAUGGACAUAAGGAUCGAUGGAGACUUGGUCAUUCAUGUGAAGCAUCUCCAAUGGAAAUUUAGAGGUAACGAGUAUAUUAACCUUCAUAAACUAAGAGUAGAAGUAUAUUGGGAUGUCCAUGACUGGCUAUUUAGUCCUGGUUUAAGGCAUGCUUUGUUUAUUUUUAAGCCAAUAAUGUCAUGCACAUCUCUAUCAUCACUAUCGACGUCAUCUUCAUCACCACCGUUAUCUUCAUCGACAUUGACACCACUAUCCUCUCAGACAGGACCUGGUUCUGGUUCACUAGAGAGGCUUGAUGGAGGUGGUGGGUCAUUUGAUUUUUGCUUGUUUCUCUAUGCUUGGAAAGCUGAAUGACAGGGAUAUACAGAAGCACCAACGUUAUAUCAUAUUCAUAACACCCAAGAGAAUAAGGUUGUAAAAAGGAAAGGAAAAAUGCGGUGUUCAUGGGAUGGGCCAGCAGCAUGAGGUAGUGAGGAUACAGAUUGGGUUAAGACAGUGACAGAUGAUUUGGUUGAGAAAGGAAAUGGGGUCCAAUACUGAGGUUGGGAGUUAGCUACAGCUGGGGUUGAGCAAGUGGGCAUAAUUGGACAAGACAGAUAGCAUCACAUAACAUGGCCAAUAUUAAUUUUUCACAUCUAGAGGCAUCUGCCUGUCUAUCUUCUCAAAAUCAUCUCUUCCUCUCUCUCUCUCUCUCUCUCACUUGAUCUGGUCUUGAAAAACGAGCAGUUUGCUUUCAGAUUAUAGUACCAAUGGUGUAUGCUUCCUUAAUUUUAUAUAUAGAGAAAAAAUAUAACAUGUUUUCAGUAGGCUA